AUGAAAAAGAAGCUCAUACUUGAUGUGGACACAGGGGUGGAUGAUGCUAUGGCCAUCAUGAUGGCCUUGGCAGAUACCAAUGUUGAGGUACUGGGGAUCACUUGCUGCCACGGCAACACCCCCCUUGAGAAAGUCCUGAAGAACACCCUUCGUGUUCUAAAGGUGUGCAACAGGCUGGAUAUCCCAGUGUACGCGGGAUGCUCGCAGCCGCUGCUAUCCAACAAACAGCAUGCCAGUGAUUAUCAUGGGAAGGACGGCCUUGGAGACGUGCCGGAUCCAGAUGCGCCAGGGUUGGAACUGGUGCAAAAGAAAAAAGGUGUUAAGGCCUUAAUCAAAAUGGUCAAGCAGAACCAGGGAGAGGUGAUUCUAGUGGCCACGGCACCUCUGACUAACCUAGCAGCAGCAGUGCAACUUGAUCCUUCCCUUCCCAAGAAGCUUAAGGCUCUAUACAUCAUGGGAGGCAACAUUGACUCCAGGGGUAACACCACAACAUGCGGGGAGUUUAACUUUGUUGCCGACACAGAGGCUGCCUACAUUGUGUUGGAACGCUACACUUGCCCCACCACCAUUGCCUCCUGGGAGUUCACCUGCAGUAACAGCCUUCCAUGGUCUUUUUGUGAACAGUGGCUUUCCAUCAAAUCUGACAAAGCUGCGUUCAUGAAAAAAAUUUCAUGCCUGUCCAGGACGAAAUCUCAGUCAGCGGACUACCAGAAGGAGAUCACGGCAGGAAAAGGGUUCAAUUCUUGCGACACCUACGCCCUGGCCGCGGCAAUCAAUGACUCUCUGAUCACUGAGAGUGAGAAUGUCCCUGUCACUGUGGAGCUCAUGGGGGCCAAUACCAGAGGCAUGAUGGUAUUGGACUACAUGAACCUGCUAGAGAAGAAACACAAGGUGACCAUCAUGAAAAAAGUUGACUUGGAGAAGUUCAAGCAGAUGCUUAUCAAUUCACUCCAGUAG